GCAUGUUCUCCUAGCGGACCUCUUCAAUCUCCCCUAAAACCUGCAUUUAAUUCCCUAAGUACUACAGAUACAACCGCGCGCAUAUAUAUAUAUAUAUAUAUAUAUACCGGUGCUGCUGCUGCUGCUGCUAGUCCCCAACUUUGCUUUCACGUACAUAUCCCUUGAAACACAUUUUUAUGUGCGUUUUUUAAUUCUUUUCCUUAACAUGUCAAUCAAAUCUUGUAUUCUUCUUUUUAUUUUGUGCCUAUCUUUGCAUGCAUGCCAUGGCCGUCGUCUUUCUGUUUAUGAGAAAAAGCUUGCGAAGGAAUUGCACCCCUCCAUCAAGGCUAGUGAAAGAAAUGAUGAGAAGGUUUCAGGUGUGUCAAAGAUGAAACAUACGCUGUCAAAGGAGGCUGGAUAUCCUAAAGAAGAAGGGAAAAAGGAAACUUCUGAGUCUCCUAAGCUAAAAGAUGGAAGGGCAAAAGAGCAGAAAAUGAAAACGCUGAGUUCUUCUCGAAUGGUGGAGUCUCUUGAUGCGGUUUCAUGGCGUGUGCCUCACAAGAAACGCGGUGAGAAAAAUCCUGGCUUCAACUUGGAUUACGCACCGCCCAAGACGCAUCCUCCUUCUCACAACUGAGCGGAAUAUAUAUAUAAUGCUUAUUUCGUCUGGAUUAAGAGAUCGAGUACGUCGCAGAUCAAGAGCCUCAAGAAACCUAGCCAUGCAGGGCUCAAUUAAGGUGGGCAUAACAUGUAAUAUCAUCAAUCCUGACUUGUUAACAUAGAUAUAUAUAGGCUAAUGAAUUUUAUGAGUUAUA